AUGAAUCGCUCCAUCACCGGCGCUUGGGCGAAUCCGCGCAACAAGCUUUCGCUCAACAGCCCGCUUCCACCCUCUUCUUCCGCUGCCUCGGCCGGAUCCAGUAUACCCCCUCCUCCCGGAUCAGCUGCUGCUGCUGCACUGGCUAGGCAGCAACAGGCGCAGGCGCAGCAGAAUGGCGAAUCGUCUGCAGCCAAUGAGCCAUCCGAGACCAAUGCAGCUGCCUCGCCCGUAGCAAGUGGGUCCGCACCAAGAACAAGGCAGAGCUCGCCUUCGCUCGCGCCCUCGAGCUCAUCCCCGAUUAAACGCAAGUCCCGCUCCUCACGCAUCGACGGCAGUGGCGCGGCAGGCUCGUCUGCAGCCUCCUCAUCUUCCAAGAGACCCAAAGGUCUCAUCUCCAAGCUCGUCAACGCCGCCGAGAAGUAUACCCCGCCUCAGACAAGGCUCGCUGAUCUCGGUGGCAUCUCGAGCGCCAUCGAAAAGAUCCUCGAGCUCAUCGCCAUGCCUCUCUGCCAUCCGGAGAUCUAUGCCCACACGGGUGUCAAGCCACCGCGCGGUGUCUUGCUCCACGGUCCUCCCGGAUGCGGUAAGACGAUGCUGGCUGGUGCUGUGGCUGGCGAGCUCGGCGUGCCGUUCUUGUCCAUCUCCGCACCCUCAGUCGUGUCCGGCACGUCAGGAGAGUCGGAGAAAACCAUCCGCGACACCUUUGACGAGGCUGCUAGCAUCGCGCCCUGCAUCCUCUUCAUCGACGAGAUCGAUGCAAUCACGCCAAAGAGGGAGACGGCACAGAGGGAGAUGGAGCGCAGGAUCGUCGCCCAGCUACUCACUUCGCUCGACGAUCUUAGCUGGGAAAAGACCGACGGCAAGCCCGUCAUGAUCAUCGGCGCAACCAAUCGACCCGACAGCCUCGACCCGGCCUUGCGGCGUGCCGGUCGAUUCGAUCACGAAAUCGCCAUGGGCGUACCGGACGAAGAAGGUCGCGAACAGAUUCUACGAGUGCUCGCGCAAAAGCUUCGACUCUCCGGAGACUUUGACUUCCGCGCACUGGCCAAGGCUACUCCGGGCUAUGUCGGAGCCGAUCUCACAGCAUUGACCUCGGCUGCAGGCAUCAUCGCGGUCAAGCGCAUCUUUCAGCAAUUGAGCGAGGCCGAAGCCCUGCCCGAGAGCCUGUCAGCGGAGCGCAUCUCCCAGGCCAUCGGGCUGGACACGGCCACGCCUGCCGAAUCGACGAACGACGACGUCGUCAUGGGCGAUUCCGACACGCCUGCCACCGACGUGGAAGGGCAAGCAAACGCUGCCGUCCAGGCAAAUCUCUCCGCCGCAGCUACUCCGGCCGGCGCCGAGGCCAGCGUCGACUCACCUGCGCCUUCCACGGGAGCGGUGACGCCCGCAGCUGCCGACGGCGAUGAAACCCAGACUCCAACAGGCGAGGCUGCGCCUUCGUCAGUGGCAAAGUCGAACGUCCGUCCUUCCGCCACCUUCUUCGAUGCGCUUCCUGAGCACAUUCGCGACUCGUCGAUCGCCUCGUUCCUCAAGAAUCACCCGAACCCUCUCAGCGAUGCCCAGCUUGCACCGCUCGCCAUCACCAACGCCGACUUCCUCGUGGCCCUCCCCUCGGUGCAACCGUCGUCGAAGCGAGAGGGCUUUGCCACUGUGCCCGAUGUUUCGUGGGCAGACGUCGGCGCGCUGCACUCGACGCGCGACGAGCUAUCCAUGGCGAUCGUCGAGCCGAUCAAGCGACCCGAGCUCUUCCGCUCUGUGGGUGUCUCGGCCUCGUCCGGUGUCCUUCUGUGGGGCCCGCCUGGCUGUGGAAAGACCCUGCUCGCCAAGGCGGUCGCCAACGAAUCUCGCGCCAACUUUAUCUCGGUCAAAGGGCCCGAGCUUUUGAACAAGUACGUGGGCGAGUCGGAGAAGGCGGUGCGCCAGGUGUUUGCACGUGCACGCACAUCGUCUCCGUGCGUCAUCUUCUUUGACGAGCUCGACGCGCUCGUGCCACGCCGAGACGACUCGCUCUCGGAAAGCUCGAGCAGGGUGGUCAACACGCUCCUGACGGAGCUGGACGGACUCGAGACACGUGUGCAGACAUACGUUAUCGCUGCUACCAACCGGCCGGACAUGAUCGACCCUGCAAUGUGCCGUCCCGGUCGUUUGGAUAAGCUGCUAUACGUCGACCUGCCCAAGCCCGACGAGAGACUCGAGAUCCUCAAGACCAUCACUACCAAGACUCCGCUUAGCGAUGCGGUUGAUCUGGCGACCAUCGCGUACGACACCAAGCUCGAGGGCUUUUCGGGUGCCGAUUUGGCUGCACUGGUUCGAGAGGCGGCCGUGCUUGCGCUGCGCGAGACGAUUCUCUUCCACAAUUCGCAACCAGCGGCGGAGGAACCCGUCAGAUCCAAGAAGCGAAGAGACGAGGACCAAGGCGUCAAGGUGCUCGUGACUCAGUCUCACUUUAUUGCGGCGCUGUCCAAGAUCCAGCCGUCGGUAUCGGCUCAGCAGCGACGAAAGUAUCUGUCGCUGAGGCAGAAGCUGCAGGGCUCUGUGCCGAUUGACGCGGGCGCCCCGAGCUCGGGCAGACGAGCACGCUUCGAUGCCGACGCGGACGACGCUUCCACUCCGACGCCUGCCACUUAG